AGGCAGCUGCAGGCUCAGCUCCACAUUUGAAUGUACACCGGGAUUGGGAGACAGCAGCUCCAUGGGCCAUCUGUCCCAGCGGCCGGCAGCAACAAAGACGGCAGCAGGAUGGUGCUGGUACAUGUUGGCUAUCUUGUUCUUCCAGUUUUGGGGUCUGUGAACAAUCGAGGUCCCACCUUUCCAAGGUGGCAGUCUUCUCAAGUCACUUGCUGCAGACAGCUUCAGCUCGCUCAUCAAGACGAGCUUCCUCUGCCUUACUCUGUCGGGCCACAACCGGGCCUGCCCACCCAAGUGGCUUCAUCGCACCAGCUCGCAGCAUCCCCGCUGCCACUGCCACUGCCCCGGCCUCUGGCAACCUUAACGAGCCGCCGCUUCCAGGACCUGCCCUCAUACUUGCCUCAGCCGCUGCACCAGCAAUACCUCCUGCACCACCAGCUGCUCGAUGCCCAGCGGGGAAGGCUGCUACCGUUCCCCAGGCGGAUGCAGGAAAGGGCACCUCCUUACCCUCCCCGCCUGCGGCCAGCCUUGGACUUCACCAACCAUGCAGCUUCAGCAGUUGCAACGCAGCCCAGGUACCUGACUGAAGGCACUGACUGGGACAUCAGUGCAGAGGCAGGAUUACCUCACACACAAUACCAGUUCCUUCCAGUGCAUCACCUCCACCGUUACCUAGCAACACCCAGAAUACACCACCUAUCCAGAGGUGUGUCUUCAACAUCAAUGGUUAUUCCUGAUCUAAGGAACUAUUCUUAUCCACAUCUUCACCUGCUGACUCUCCAAGCUUUGAAUGCGGGACAACAGAUUCCUGCUGUCAGAGAAAGUUAUGAGGAAUUGUUGCAGUUAGAGGUCAGACUGGGGACCGUGAGCCGGGGCCCCAUGCAGUAUAUGAUUGAGAAGUGGACCCUGCCACACAAAUAUAGGAAGAGAAUACAACUGGAGCUCAAAGAAGAUAAAAAUGAUGAAGAGGAAAUUGAUUUGGAUGAAAAGUGUACAAUUUGCCUCUGCAUGUUGGAGGAGGGAGAUGAUGUCAGGCGGCUCGCAUGCAUGCACCUGUUCCACCAGGUCUGUGUUGACCAGUGGCUGGCCACCAGCAAGAAGUGUCCAAUCUGCCGAGUGGACAUCCAGGCGCAACUGUUCCCGGACAGCUGAUGGGACAAACGCACGGGACACAAUUCAAACAUGAGCAAAAAACGUUUCCUUCCCGGAGUGCGGGGAGCAAAACGUGGCCUUCUUACCAAUGCUUUGCCUUUUAAGUGAUCUGUUUUGGAAACUGGAUCAAGCAUCAGCGCCCUCUGUUAAUGAGGGCUUUACAUUCUUUGGAGUAGAGAAUAGAAAUCCCGACCACUGAAUCCUGCGAGCUGGUACUCCCAGAGGCUAUUUAUCUUUCUUAUUAGAAUCUUUAUUUUCAUUAUUAUUGGACAAGAAAACGUAGAUUGAAUCACUCAAUAAUUCUCAAUAUUAUAAACGUGAGACGUAUAGACUAACCAAUCUCUCACUCAUGAUUUGGAAACGUCCAUCUAGGGUAACAACUGAGGAUGAGCCACUUCCCAAAGUAAAGUUCCCAGGCUUUGAACCACGCUCUUGUAUCCAAGUGACUACUUAUAUAGAGAUUGCUUAGACUGAGUGCUUUACAUAUAGAGUCAUAGAGCCAGUGUGGAAACCUUCAGCCCAACUUACCGUCACUGGCCAACAAGUCCCAUCUGCACUAGUCCCACCUA